AUGAAAAAGAUGAUAAAACAUUGCAAAGAAGGAGACCCACCACCAGGGCACAAACCAAAGCAGAACCAACACAGACAGCAACACCCCCAAGAACAAGCAGACGCCUUCUACGAGGCCAGAGCACAUUGGCUACAGCUUUACGCAGACAGCCACCCACAGCUAAUACCCAGAACCCAACACGAUCCCCCAGUAACCACAGAAAACAUCUACAACAAAAACACCUUUGAAGAAUACGCAGCAGAAGGCCAACCAAUACCACCUCCCACACCACAGAUACUUCCCACAGUACCCAACCCACCAAGUUUGGACAAAUAG